CCCAAUCCGCGGGGACCCGGGCUCGCCCAGGCUCCCGACCGGCCGGCGCGAAUCCGGGCGCCGCUCCCCGCCCCGCGCGGACUUCGGAAUUGGCCGGCGGGCGGCCGGGCACCGCAGCCGGAGCGCGUUCCCGCAGCUUGCCGAGCCCCGAGGAUGCGCGCCCUGCCGGCCGCGGACGCGCCCCCGAGCGAGCGGCUCCUGUCCCGGGACCCCGCGGCCCCGCGGCCCCGGGACGCGGCGGGGCCGGCGCGCAGGAGCGCCGUGGAGAGGCUGGCGGCCGACCGCGCCAAGUACGUGCGGGGCUCCCCGGGGGCCGGCCCGGGCCCGGCUUCCGAGGGCAGCAGCCCCGGGGCGAGCGAAGGGCAGGCCGGCGACCCCCGGCCCCCCGCGCGCCUCCCCGGGCCCGUGGCGCGCAGGGCCAUAGCGCGGAAGCCGCUGAGGCCGGACUCCCUGGUCAUCUACCGCCAGAAGUGCGAGUUCGUGCGAGGGUCGGGAGCCGACGGCCCCAGGGGAGGCCUGGUGAAGAAGCUCUUCCAGGGACCCGGCAGGGACAGGACGCCGGGGACCCCCGGCACGUCCCGGGCGGGGGAGGCGGGCGGGGCCCGGGCCCGCGCGGCCGCCCCGACCCAGCCCGGCCCCGCGGCAGCCCCAGCGGCUCCGGGGCCCUCCGCGCCCCCGGCGCCCGCCCCGCGGGUCGGGGCGCCCUCCGGGGGCCCGGCCGCGCCCCGGGGCCCGGAGCUGCCCCGCGCGAGGCCCCGGGGGCUGCAGCGCUCGCAGUCCGACCUCAGCGCGCGCCGCUCCGCGUCCUUGGGCGACUUCGACGCCUUCUUCCGGUACUGCGGCCUGGAGCCCGAGGUGGUGGAGGCGCUCGGGCGGGAGAACUUCGCCGCCGGCUCGGAGCGCGUCGCCCUCAAGGUGCGCAGCGUGAGCGUCGCCACCUCCGACAGCGGCUUCUCGCGGCAGAGCGGCGGCGACGAGGGCCUGCAGGAGGAGGAGCUGACGGAGCAGGUGCCCAGCGCCACCUCGGUGGUCGAGAGGAACGCCCGCAUCAUCAAGUGGCUGUACACCUGUAAGAAGGCCAAGGAGGCACCCGGCCAGGGGCUGCAGGGCCCGGCGUGACCGCCCGCGUCCCGGGAGACCCGGCCCGAGGAAGCGAGCCUUCCUGCCGAUGCAGGCUCCUUGAAGUAUGUCUGGACGAUUGGGACCCCAGGACCAUCCUCACUGCCAAGUUUUGUCCAGUGUACCCAGGUGUCCAUAUGAUUGCUGUUUUCCCAGGAAUAAAGGACACCAUUGAAGAGCUUAAGUAAUUUCAGAAGGUUUGAAAUGCUGUGGAGAAGAUGAAACACAGAACUUGGAAAUUAGCUGUGUUGUAACUGUUAUGACACAGCUGAAGCUCUGGAAGAUAUUUUCUUGUGUUGGGUGGACCUAUACUUGCUUCCAGAGGACAGCAGCAGAGGCAAAAGCUGCUUGGAAAUAUUUUCAGGGGCAUCUUUUUUAGUGGCUUGCUGACGGAGAGGUACCGUGGUACAUGUUAAUGAUACCUAAAUUAAUUUUAAAAAGGAGAAAAGCAAAGAGCAUGAAAAUCAAACAUGAGUGCCACGGUAUUUACUGCUUUCAGACAUAUUGGACAGAUUGGCUCCAUUUAAAUCAAAGUUCUGUGACCCUAAGAAGGUGUGUUCUGCACAGAUACUGUGGCUAACAAAGAGCAAACACAUACUCACACUUUUGCACGCACACACAGACCUCCUUUCUAAGCACUGCUGUGGUGUAAACUGCAGUGAAUUCCCAAACUGUGCAGCUCAUCAUCUUAGGAAAUGAAUCAGAAAGUGCUUUUUGAACCAGUUGAGAGCUGGGUGGUCAUUCUACGACUGCCACUCCUGUCGGGCUGUAGAUGUGCAGAGGUACCAUUAAAAGAUAAAGAGUUGAAAUACUGCUAGGAAACCUUUUCUUAUACCUGGACAGUUUCUUGAACGUUGGCAGAAGAAUAUUGGAGCUCCCUUCCUUCAGAUCAGUAGCAGCGGUCCUCUUCUGCAGCACCGUUUAGAAUGUGCCAGCAUGGUUCUCCUGUUCCCAACUUCCAGAAAGGAUAAAAAGCCUUGGUUUAGAUGGAACAUGGACGCAUGACACGUGACAUGCCCUGUCCUUUGCUCUGAUUCACACCCCCACCUAUCAUAUAGUCAUUGCACAUUUGGCAACAGUUCCACCUUCUCUGAAAAGGGUGUGUUUGAGACAAGGGGCAGCCUCUGGGUAGCUGGGAGACUAGGAUCAGAAUGUUGUUGGUAAGGAGUUGCUGUGACCCUGAAUCUGAACCAGCUCAUGCCCCUCAGCGUAAAGAGAUUUCAGAUUCAGAACCUUCCGAGAGAAGUUUUGUAUCAAUGACAGCCCAAAGAAAAUGUGUCUCCCAGUCACAGCUCACAGUGUUUUAUCAUACACAUCCUUUCAAGAAUAAAAUUAUUAGAAGAGUAUGGAGGGAAGAGAAAUAGGUUUCUCAAUGGUAAAAUAUUUUAUAAAACAAUUUUGAUAUAUUCAUGUAUUUGUUUAACAUUUUAUUCUAUUUUUGUAUCUUCUGCUGUGAGAAUAGGUCCUUGAGUUGCUUAAAUAUUUAUUUUUACAUAGUUAUUGGUCUUCAGAUAGCUUUCCUACACUUCAUGUGGUUUUAGUUUUUAUCAGUAUAAUUUUAAAUCAUUCUCUCUUUGGUUACCUUUUUGUUAUGUCAUUUAAUUGAAUUUUCAAGUUUGAGUAUAAGCAGAGUGUUCAUUACUCUACAAAGUGCUCAGUACUAUGGGGGUUUGUUUUUAAAUGUCACAGAUGCGUAUUUGGGGAGGCUCUUUUGGCUGACGGGUGUACCCUUCUCAAAGUAGACUUUAUGAAGACAAAGAUUCCCUGCUCUAAGAAAUUUUUCCUUGUUUUUUUUAAAAAAUGCUGCUGUUUUGCUCUUCACUGGAUUGCCCUUAGUUUAAAAGAUAAUGUCAAAGAGGAGAGGAGUUUUCUUUAAAGGAUCUUUUCAUAUAUGCAGCUGCCUUAUUUGCAGGUUCCAUUAAUUUUAUAUGUGAAUGCUUUAAGUAGAAUUGUAUGUGCCUUUCUACUGUCAGAAUAGGAUGAACUGAGACCUAGGUCAGAUUUAUCUGAGAUCAAAAUGGUGUGGACUCUACCAACCAUGUAAUAGGUGAAAAAUAGAAAAACAAGUUGGUUACCCUUUAAGAGCACCAAGAUCUUCUGGACGCAUUUGCGCUUCAGUGGAUGUGACUCUUGGAAGUAGACGUCAGAGUGGGUGUGAAGCAGGAAUAGGGUGUCCCCAGGCCCAGCAGGGUCAGGUUAACACUCCUUGUCCAUGCAGAUUCAUGCCUCAGCUCAGGGCCUGAGUGUGGUUGGACGCGAAAAGUCCUUUCCUAACUCUGAAUUACCCCAAUUUGCUGAGUGACUUUGAGAAAAUCAAAGUUUGCAGCUCAGUCUGAAUGAAAACGCUUGUAAUUGCUUUUGACAAGGAUGAGCAGUACUUAUUGCUGCAAAGUACUUUCAUUUGUUCACAGAAGAAUAGCAUGUGAGAUAAUAUGAUUACGCACAAUGGGGAGAAAAAAUUAUUGAUAAAGCAUGGAAAAUUGCUUGUUAGUAUCUAUUUCAUUCACAUAUGGGUAGCGAUCAGCAGUGCUUCAGACUGAAAGGUAGUUAUGUAACUGGAAAGUUUCCUCACUGUAUGCCUAUGCGUAUAGUUUUUAAACAGCCGGUCACUGACACUGGUUGAAAAGGAGGCUUUAUCAGACAUCGCCCUUUUCUGCGGGUAAAGGUGCAGCGUUGAGGUUGGGAUUGGUGGUGUCAUAAACUGUCUGGCCCCGAAGUUGUUACGACAGCUUCUGAAUAGGGUUCCUUUUUCUACACACUAAUUGCAACAUGAGUGCAAUAUCGUAUAUUCUGUACCAAAGAAAUAAAGUAUUUUUAUCAUUUUUAAUAUUACUUUAUGAAUCUGUACAAUGUGAAAAAAUGAAGCCAGAGUAAGCUUAAUAUAAUUGCUCCUAUCUUUUGCUUUCUCGCUUCCUAAUAUCAUCUCAGCAGAUUAUCAGCAGAAAUGAGGAGUGCAUUCCAAAAUCUGCCUAGGAGAGUCAUGUGGCAUCUAACGUCUCCAGUUCUCCCUGGAGAUGGAA